GCUCUGGUGGUCAGAACUCCUUAAAACCUACCCGUAUCUCCUGCCGUGCUCUAUUUCAGCAUUGUUUAUAUGGACAAUUUGGCUAGUCACGUAUAUCCGUCUUAAAGAGGUGAGCAUGAUGCUGAAAACCCCAUCUCUGGAUCACACUAAGUGUGGUUACAAGAGCGUUUCUACCAAGACACCGCUUUGGGAGCUCAUUAAAGGAGGAUUCUUCGGACAGUCAUACUCAAAACCUCGCCAGCCAUUGAGCAAUGCUAUAGUUGAUCCUGGCGAAGUAAAAUCAAAGCCGCUUCCGCUGCGUGCUUUACUAACCUCGAAAGUGUUGAGCGUAACAGCGAGUUAUGCCACCACAGGCCUGUUUCAAAUGGGGUUCAAUUCGAUCUUACCUGUUUUCUAUGCGACACCGAUUGAACUUGGUGGUCUUUCCCUUGACCCUCCUCGCAUCGGUGCUUUACUUGCGGCAUCAGGUAUCAUACAAGGCAUAUUCCAGCUACUUUUCUACGCUCGUUUAAAUGAUCGCUUCGGUGCAAGAGCUGUCCACAUCAUCGGCAUCAGCUCCGGGAUACCCAUGAUCAUUUUAUUCCCAGUGGCCAAUGCUCUGGCUCGAGCCUAUGGAAUAGGUAUGGCCGUGUGGCCGUGUGUUGCCGUUCAGCUUACGCUGAAGACUAACCUGAUCAUGUGCUUCCCCUGCAUAUCAUUAUUCGUCAGAGCAGCUGCUCCCAAUCGUGCCUCAGUCGGAGCAACCAACGGAAUUGCCCAGGUGGCUGUCGCAGUAGCAAGAAUCGUCGGCCCGGCGUCUACAGCUUCGAUCUUCUCUUAUUCAUUGCAGGAAGGGCAUAAUGCAUGGUCGAUAUACUACUUCAUGAUCGCACUUGUAUUUCUCGCUGUAGGUACUGCGCUAUUGCUUCCCCGUGAUCCUAGUGUAUGGGAAAGUUCCCAAUGAUAUUAUCGCGAAUGACUGUACAUUAUGAUCUAGUGUAGGAUGGAAUUGCAUCGCAGAUGCCAAUAUUUACGGCUAAACAUUGAGAAG